AUGCAUAUGGAUAUUAAUCAAUAUUUUUUUAUUUUUAUCGGAUGGUUAGUUCGAACUAGUUAUCAACUUGAUUGUAUUCAAUGUACAAGUCCUAUUCGACAUAUGUCAACCAGUUGGGAUCAUUCAUGUUUGGAUGGCACUUUAUCACCAUUACCAUGUGAAGCAAUAGUUAAUGGAUCAGCACUAACUUUUCAACAAUGUGGAUCAGCUCUUUAUAGAAUAAGUCAACGAGGAAGUGCAGGUAAAAUAUUUACAAUAUUAUUCAUCAACGAUAAGUAA